GCAGCUCACUGGGGACAUGCCUAAACUGGUGAUUCCUCUCCCUUCAGAAAGACCAUGGCGAGCAGAGGUCGAUCGCCUCCUACAGAAUUCCUGGCCUCUGAUACAACAAGGUGAAAACCAAGAAAAAGGUGCAGAACAAUCAGGUCGCAUGGCCAUUAGAUUGAAGCGAAUCUUAGAGUUCUCCUCUACUGUUACAACUAUUGCUUUUGGGGUGCUAAUGACAUUUAUUUUUGGAUAUUGCCGGCAUGCAAUCGGAGAUGCCCAUAGCCUCAAACUCAUCAUUAGCUCUUUCGUCACCUUCUCGACUUUUUUAUCUGGACUAAUCCUGAUGUUGCUCACCUUGAAUUUGCUCACUCUCAAUCAUCCCAAUACUAGAAGAAAACAGUAUAUGGCUGUCGUGGUUCUCACGUACGUUUCUAGUGUCCUCUUAACUUUGACCAGCCUUAGUCUUUUAGUUCUCUUACCCAAGAAAUAUGCCAUUCUGGCUUUUAUUCUACUUCCAAUUGUAGUGAUCGUCGGCCUGCUCAUUUACUACCACGGACUUCAACUAGACGAAGCAGACAUUAUCGCUGGUUAUGAAGGUCAGAAAGCCGAGUUAAAGCGCUCCUCAAAGCUCUCCUCAAGUGUUACUACCCUCUCUUUCGGGGGAAUGGUUGGAUCUAUCUCUGGUUAUACUAGAAAUGUUUCUGAUCCAGCCCGUAAACCCCAUAUUAAUGUUGGUUUCUUCAUCAUCUUCACCACCUCUUUGUCUGGCCUUUUCUCGAUAUUGCUUGCCUUGGUACUGCCAAGUCUUAAUAGUCCAAUCACCAGACAACGCCUGAUUACCUUCACCAAAUUCUUUAGCUAUUUCUUGUUAAUGUUGCAAGCAAUGACAGCGAUUGCGUUCUCCCAUCUAUUCCUUGAGGAAUUUGUCUUGCCAGCUUUUUUCCCCGACAAUUCUUGGAGCCAUGGUCUGGUUUGCUAUGGAAUUUGGCCUUGA